GUGUACGAGGGACAUUGAAUGCAACAUUUUUUCUAGUUCAAAGGAUAUAUCGUCGGUACAAGGCAAAGGCAGUUUAAUGUAUUUUAUGUUCAGGCAUUUCCUUGACACUCUGCUUGAAACUUGUUUCCUGAGCUAUGCCACAAUAGAAAUCUUUCCAGCAAUGUUUUGGGAAUAUUUCGACGCGGCUCGACCACUCGGAAAUUCAGCGGGCUCUACGAGCGAGUGAGAGAUAUGGACAACUCUGUCACCCUGUGGCAGUUCCUUCUCCAGCUCCUAUUGGAUCCCAGUAAUGAGCAGCUGAUCUGCUGGACCAAUGAGGAGGGGGAGUUUAAACUGCUGCAGGCCGAGGAAGUGGCCCGGCUGUGGGGAGCCCGCAAGAACAAACCCAACAUGAACUAUGACAAACUCAGCAGGGCUCUCAGAUACUACUAUGACAAGAACAUCAUAAAGAAGGUGAAUGGUCAGAAGUUUGUCUACCGCUUUGUUUCCUAUCCUGACAUCCUGAAAGGAGAUGUUGGUACCCGAACAGACGGCGGGGAUGUGGGUGCUGGGGGCCUCUCUCCAUUGUCAAAGAGGGGAGACGGCAGCCUACUGGAGGGCGAGUCUGGUGACCGCAGCAAGGUAGGAGGUAGUACAGCAGCUCUGAGCUCCAGCACCAAGCAGUCAAACCGCAACGACUACAUCCACUCCGGCCUGUACACCUCCUUUACUCUCAACUCGCUGCAAAAUGGACGCCAGCUCUUCAAGUCCAUCAAAAUAGAGAACCCAGCAGAGAAGAUGGCUGACAAGAGGGGUCUCACUGCCACAGCCCACAGCCAGGAGCAGUUCGCUCAUCCGCAACAGCCGACCGGUUUGCCAUCCGUCAUCAAGUUUGGAAACACCCCUCCAAAGCCAGCACCAGCACCGCCUCCUCAGGUUGACAUAGAGCCCACCCUGAUGUCCAACCACUUAGAUUCUCUGCAAGCUCUGCCCCCGAGGGCCGAAGCCAUCAGCACACACUCCUCCCUGCCGUCCCAGUCCGUCUACUCGUUUGAACACAUCCGCCCGUCGGAACCAACAUUCAGCAUAUCAGACCUGACCUCGACCAGCCCGUCCCCAAGCCUAGUGCCCGACUCCUCCCAGGAGCUGGUCAUUGACAGCGACAUGGAGUCCGGAUCUUCUCACCCCGCAGACUCUCAGGCACCAGAACCCACAGAUGCUCAGGCCCAGGAAAAGGUGGACAGUGGCAUUGGUUUGUCGGGAGACGAGACCAGUUUUGUGGACGCUGAAACCAGUUCAUCCUCAGUGAGCAGCAGCACCACACUCAGCACUCAGAGCUCAGGAAAGACACGCAAGCCCCCGAAAGUCCUGCAGAUCAGCCCGCCAACUCUGCUGGUCACCACUUCUGACUUCUCCCCCAUGAACCUCUGCAGCCCCUCUCUACCGACUGCCUCUCUCACACCAGCAAUGCUACAGACUCCCACUCUGUUGCUGACUCCUAGUCCUCUGCUGUCCAACAUCCACUUCUGGAGCACGCUCAGUCCGGUCGCUCCCCUCAGCCCAGCUACACGCCGCCAGGGAGGCCAACUGUUCCAAUUUCCGUCUGUCCUCACCCCACAGUUCCAGAUCCCUGUACACAGUAUCGAUGGGACCAAUACGCCCGGCCCCAUUUCCCCAGACCCUCAGAAGACAUAAGAUUAACCCCCCACACAGUCUCACUGCAUUUGGACCCAGACAGCCAGACACUCCCCCCACUGCUCCAUCCCCUACUCCCACAUCCAGGACAAUUAUGUGGGAGCUCAGUUAUUGCCAUUCCUCAUCACUCCGGUGCUUUAAAGUUCACAGCCACAGAAUUCACACUACAGUCAGACUUGUGGAGGGAGGAUCUGGAGAAAUGUUGGCAAUCAACAUUCAGUUUGUUUUCUGAGCGGAUGCUAACCUGUACUCAUAGACACUGAUGCCACCGUUCCUUAUGCACUUUCAUUUUGAUUCAUUUUCUCUGGCUUUUUGGAAUCCUCAGUCACAACAGUUCGAAGGAGGGAGGAAUUUCCAUGGCAACAGUUGGUGCAUGUGGAUUGGACCCUCAGCAGCGACAAUCUGCUUCAUACUUUGACACACAGACCAGUGGGAUUGCAGAUAACUGAAUCUUUCCUUUAAUAGAAUUUCCUUCUUCUCUUGUGCAACAGUGUUACUGCCAAAAAAGACAUUAUCAGUUAGUUUUUAACUUUUUCUCUCCUCUGCUGACAUGGACUCCGUUCUUUUUGUGCUCUGUCCUUUACUUUUACUCUUGUUGAAGGGUAGUGCUUUAACCUGAUAACCUGCAUGUUUACCUGCAACUCUCCAGCUCUCAAACUCGCCUCACAUGCCUGAGUGUAUACUGUUUGCUGCUGUCAAAUGUUGGCUGACUUUAGCCAUACUUUUACCUUGCCUGUCUUAUCGUGAUGUGUGGCCAUAAUCCAAGCUGAACCUUGAGUCUUGCCCCUAUGUAACUGUUCUAAUGCAUAUAUAUAUACAGUGGAAUAGCCCUGAAAGCCAGUGUGGCCUGGUGUGUCUCCAGCCGGUAAGCUUUCAUGUGGGAAUUGAAUAAAGUGAAGCCAUAACAGUUUAUGCGCAUCGACUCUGCAAGCAACAACCCAAAUCCUGUAUUUGAUAAUGAAAAUGAACUCUACAUUGUUAAAGGCAGCCACCAUGAUAAGGGCACUUACUUCCAGUUUUUAAAUCAAAAUUGUUAAGAGAUAGAAAAUAUUCAAGAAAACGUUUGACUGUUUUCUUUGUUGUAAAUCAAUGGGCUUUGAUUAAUGUUGCUUGCAACGUCGGUGCAGUUAUUUUAUCUCUGCCUGAACCUCCAAAUCUUAGCGGCUAGACUUUGAACAGUCCAGCCUCAUCCUUUGCCGAGCCUUAGCCAUCUGAAAUAGAUCAACCUUUAAUCCAGGAGCAUUGAAGCACCUUCCUGCCCUAAAACCCCCUCCUCUAGAUGAUCAGCCAUGAAAGGCUUAUACCUGUUUUGUAAAUGACUUUAAAGCCAUAAGUCUGAGACGCAGACUCAAGAGGGAGACCCCACAUUUCUAUGCUAUCAAAUGUGGAAAUUGUACAUCACACUUGUUUACACAAUACUUGGAUAGAACACACUUAAGUGUUUCUUUACCUAAGUGUCCCUUUCUAACCCAGGGAUGGAUGACCAGCGAAUCUUGUAGGGGGAGGGGGGACUCAUACUCAACUAACAAGACAUUUGCCCCCUCUGCCUGCUGUCUGUCACAUUGAUAUACGGUGCCUUACCACAGCCAAGCCCAAGUUAAUCUCCCAAAAGUGGAUAACGUUCUAUCAUUUAAAAGUUAGUGUGGAGCUAACUGUAUACGACAGCGUUUGUUGUUUGUUUUUUCUGCCAUAUCCUUGCGUAGACCAAACCAGAGCCCCAGAAGUUUGCAGUAAAACUUCACAGGGAUGUUUUGUGUCCGAGUUCACUGCAGCUCAUGUGGUCUGCCACAGCUUACUCUGUGUAUGUACUACAGGACCUUCAAUGUGCUGCGGUGCUCUUCAGGAUGCAUACCUGUACAUACAGACAGCAACAUGAGUCCAGAUGCAGAGCAUGUAAAUCUAAUCAGGCCAUGCUUUAGAGUUGGUGGCCACGUCUCCAACCUGCUUCUAAAUGUUUGUGAUAACAAAUUUACUCAGAAAGUAUAUAAAACCUGUUUACUAUGUUUUGUGUAAUCUCCUUUCAUUUUCCUGUAACACCAAUAGAAUUUUAAGAUUCAUUUCUAUUUUUGUAACGGCCAGAUAGUUAGACGUUCUGUUAUUUUGGGUUCUCUUUGUGCAUGUGUUCCUUUAUGUUUUCCUCUCAUAUAUCUGGGAGGCGGCGGCCCCAUGGUGCCAUUGGCUAUUUUUGGGAAUCAAAGCCUUAUAUGGGGAGAAAUCUAAAUCUAUGUUUUAUAUGUAAAGUGUUUUGAUAUAGUGUUGAUAUUGUACAUGCAGAUGUUGUGAUGGAACGUUUGCACUUAAUCUUUCGGGGUUCCUGUAGUAUUGGAUUCUGUUGCUUUUCUAUGACUCAGAUUUCCUCUUUGAAAUGUUGUCGAUGUUUGCUUACUGAGAAAUGUAUAUUUUCCCAAAGGGAGGAUAAAAUUAUGCACUUCAUAUUUUAUACGGUAAAUCUAAUCUUUUACAAUCAAAGUAUUUACAUUUGUGAUUAGGCACGACCACACAAUAUUUAUUUAUUUGAAUUUAUAACAGAUCCCAAUAGAAUUGGUAGCUUAUAUUGCAUUUUUUGCAGCAACUUUGAUAAAAACCUAUAAAAUCGCUGGAUAAUAACCCCAAAGGCCAUUUGAAACUCCUCCAUCAAGUCUUAUGGGACUUGUCAUUUGCAUAUUUCUUCAUUUGUAUCUUCUGAUGAUGUUUUUCCUUCAACUUACCUUGAAAUGUAAAAUCUCGUUUUAAAAAGAAAUGACACAGUUCUUGCUAUGUUCUGUCCAGUUUUCUAUUUGUUUGAUGCUUUUUCAAAUGUUUACAAGCUACUUGUCUUAAGUGGCGUAUUGAUGUGUGAGAGGCGUAGAGGAAGUGUUUAUAAUGGAAGAGAUAAGGGAGACCAGUAAUAAAAGAUCUCUAACUAA